CCAGGGCAGGUUCAGAGGCUGGUUCCCUGAUUCUGAUGGCCGCAAUCAUCAGUGGAUCAUAUAUACUGCAUGAAACAUAAGACAACAAUGGCACUGGAGGUCAUGCCCAACUCUACAGUGUUUACUCUGUCUGGGAUCAACGCCAGCAGGGAGAGCAGAUACGUUUUCUUCUGCAUAACGUUUCUUUACUACCUUGUCAUCAUCGCUGUAAACCUGAUAAUAAUUGUCACAGUCGCCCUGAGGAAGCCGCUCCACGAGCCCAUGUACGUGUUUCUCUGUAACCUCUGUCUCAACGGACUGUUUGGAACCUCGGGGUUCUACCCCAAGUUCCUGUAUGAUCUGCUCUCUGACGUCCAAGAAAUCUCACGGUCAGGAUGCUUCGUUCAGGUGUUUGUGAUUUACUCUGCUGUCCUGUGUGACUUUUCCACAUUAUCAGUGAUGUCUUAUGACAGGUCUGUGGCCAUAUGCAGGCCGUUGGAGUAUCACACAGUCAUGACGGGGGGGACCGUCUUUAAACUGACUGUGUUCUCAUGGAUCGCCCCCAUUUUUUCCAUGUUCCUUUUGCUUAUUGUGAGCUCUGGACUAACUCUUUGUGGAUCACACAUAGAGAAACUCUACUGUGAGAAUUGGGCUAUUGUUAAAAUCUCUUGUUUCCCCAAUACAGUUAGUAAUGUUAUUGGGUAUUUAAUAAUGCUCAUGUAUUCGGGACAAGUUUUAUUCAUUCUUUUGUCUUACAUGAAACUGAUAAAGUCCAGCUUGAAGUCAGCAGAGAACCGCAAUAAAUUCGUCCAGACAUGUUCUCCACAUUUACUGUCAUUAAUCAAUGUGUCAGUGGCCAUGCUGUUCGAUUCAAUGUACAGUCGUUACGGAUCCCAGGACUUUCCACAGGCCUUACGCCACUUCCUGGCGUUAGAGUUCCUAAUUGUACCUCCUCUCCUCAAUCCCCUCAUUUACGGCCUGAAGUUGAGUAAGGUCCGACAUGAGGUCUUAAGGUACAUGAAUAAUAAUGUAGUAAAAUGUUAA